UAGAACAGAGCUAACAGGCAGAGCAAAACACAUAAAAUUUCUGCAUGUGACUACAACUACACGUUAAAGAGUCCUUGUCACUGUGGACCAAAAUCAAGCAAGAUAAAAGAGGAGAGUUUUUCAAGAGGAGUUCCUAUUUCUUUCUGAAGGUUCCAUUAUCUCUUUCCAGAGAAGGAAAUAUGUUUGAUACUCUCGAGCUCAUUUGUAUGAUUUGGUGGUAUAUGAUGCUGUUUCAUCCCUUGCAUGCUGACUUCCAGUGCAUACAGUCAGACAGACAGGAAUCACCUAUUACAAAUGUGAAUGUGGACUGGAGAAAAAUGGAACUGUCCUGGGAGAGCAGCAGGAAUUUCUCUGAGUACAAGUGUACCAUCGUGGACAGUGACAUGGAACGUAUACGCAUAGAGGUGGAUAGUCCACGAUGCAGCUUUCGAGAGAUACUACAAAAGCCUCUGCACAAAGGGGUAUUCUUUGACAUUGAAGUGCCAAACACGAAUAUCUCAAAACAAUGCAGUUUUUUCCCUGGAGGCAUGAAUGGGUCAGCCAUUGAAAACUUCUCCUGUGUGAUUUAUAACAUCUUCCUCAUGAACUGCACUUGGCAGGCAGGAAGGGAUGCUCCAACAGACACACAGUAUUUUCUCUACUGGCAAGAGUCAAGAGAGGACAAUCAGAUGGAAUGUGAGCUUUACACUACAGAUAACAGUUCCAGAAAUAUAGGAUGUUUCUUCCAAAAUGUGAGCAUAGGGACCGAGAAAGCUUACUUCCUGGUGAAUGGGUCUAGCAGAGACUCCCUGAUCCAGUUCUAUGAUGAGUACAUUGACCUGUAUAAAAUUGAAAUACUCACUGCUCCAUUAAAUGUGACUGCUGAUUGUACCAGAGAUUCAGCAGGUUGCAUAAUUACGUGGCAUCCACCCCUAACAAGUCGUAAGGAAGAAAAAAGGUGGUGCUUUGAGUAUGAAAUUAGCAUACACAAUAAGGAUGGGCCCAAAGAAGAGAAAAAGCUUCUCCUUGCGAGUAAUGACAGAUAUGAAUUCCAAAAUUACAAUAAGAAAAAAAGAUACACUCUGAAAAUCAGAGCACGUGGAAAAAACUGUCUUGUGACCUCAAACUGGGGGGAAUGGAGUAAACCCAUUGAGUUUGGUCAAGGGAAAGAUCACUUUGUUUUUGUGAUUUUGUUUCUGAUUGCACUUGGAACAAUCUCAAUUACACUUCUCCUGUAUUAUCUUUUCAAAAGGUACUGCAGUUUCAAGAACAUAUUUCCUACCAUACCACAACCAAGAGACAAAUUCAAUGCAUUAACUGAUGAAGAUAUCCAGGUAUGAUUUCUUCUCAAUUCAGUCAAAUUUCUUAACUACAAACCACAAAAGGCCAAAAACUAGAACUGACUUAUAAAAAUAAGCAUUAACAUUUGGUCGGAAACUAAUUUCUGUCAUGCAAGCUAUGCUGCUUUGAAACCUGAAAUGUUCUAUGCCAACACUAAAUCAAAUGAUUGUCCUGGAGGCAUUUGCAGACAUAUUUAAGACCAGAGUUUUCACUUUUACUGAGAUCCAUAAUUUCUGUGUGUACCAGCUUUUUUGAAGGUUGCUGUCCAUACUUUAAAAAUAACCUAAAUGAGGAUGCAUUUCCCAUUAGCAUUUUCAAACAUCCAUGUUCAUAAUAUAAUGUGAAUAUAUAUUUCAUAAGCCUGACCUAUAUCCAUGUAAAAAUCUAAGUGCAAAUCAACAGGGUUGGAAAGACUUAACAGUUAAACUAACCUUUCUCUUGCUUCAACACAGGAUUAGCAAUUCCAGUGUUUUGUGCAAAUUGUAUAAAUAUACUGUAGCAUCCCUGUGCAGCCUAUUCUGCAUGUUUAUUUAGCCUUACUUUAAAAAAGCCUUUUUAAUAGCUUGGUUUAAUGCACUUUAAAUCCAUUGCUUUUUACCCUUAUUCCUUUCCUGUUUACACUAUCUUACACACCUGCACAAUGUCAACAGAAACUCUUCUGUCUUUCUGCACAUAUCAUGACUAUCAGGCCUCAAACCAUUCAGGCUUCUCAAAUCCAUCUAUUUGAACAGUGGCUUGUUAUGGUGACUCCCCAGUGAGGGGAUGCUUUCUCUCAGCUGGCUAAAGCAAAGACAUACUUGAAUUCAGUAAAUCAGGUUAGUCAUUAAUUGCCUAAAAUUCAGUGGGCGAUACCAUGCAUUCUAAUGAGGAUUCCAAAAGUGACACAUGAAUUUUCCUUCAAUCAUUUAUGAAGAAUCCCCAAAUCUCUGACUACUGAAACUCUCUAGUUUAGGUAAUUAUAUACCAAAAUUAUACAUCUGAGCUCGUUGCCCUGAUUAAUUUGUCUUUGGCCCUAGCACCUUUGGCUUUCAUAGAGAGCAGGUAGGAUGUGACUUAGAUAGGUUUCCUCAUACACCUUAAGUCAUAGAUACCUGCUAUGUCACUACCUACCAGGCUGCCAGAGCUAAGGCUACAGAGCAGCAGCAGUCCACAGUCCAUCACAUUAAAUAAUAAUUUCUAGGAAAAUAACAAGCAGUUUUUGGAAAAUUGAAUACUGAUUGCUUGCUUUUCCUAAACUUGAGUGACUUCCAAAUUGCUGUGCAAGCACUACCAAACACACUCUAACCACUCCACUGCAACCCAGAGGCCUUUGUGGAUGAGAUCUGUAAACUCUGGCACAGGCAAUUCCCUGCAGUGAGCAAUGUAGUUGCCAUGGUUAAGCGAAGCCCUCAUGUUGUUACCUCACACUUGCCAACCAGCACUGUGAAGGUAAUUCUCAUGAUUUUGACAUGUUUGAACAGUUUGAUCUACUCUUAAAACCUAAUUUUAUUUUACCUCUUCUCUCCAAACUCAGUACUUUUAACAUUGAUUGAAUGUUGUAAUUCUUCAAAGUUAUUAAAACAAUAACAAAGUACAAAAAGUACAUUUUCAAAAGCUGAAUACCACUCUCCCUGACAUUUAGUGCUAAUGGAUUUUUGAGCUGUUUUGAAACCUGCAAUAUCCUCUGCUAAUCACACCUUUUUAAAGCUUGCAUCUCCUCAUUUUGUCUCAUAUUCAGCAACCUUUCACAUUUUCUCGUUCUUUUCUCCUAUUACACAAUACUUUUCCCUAGAUUGCUGGAAAAGUCCAUGAUUUAAAAAACUUAACCUUCUGCACUGCAUUCUUAAAACACCCAUGUUAAAGAACUGCCAAUUUUAUUUGUUUUAAGAUCCUACCAACCAAAUCAUUCAGUGCAUCAGACAAUUAGCACUCCUCUAGUCCAUUUUAUUUUAUUCAUCUUACUACAGAUCAAUGACUUUCAUUCUCUCCCCACAUUCUUUCUUCACCAAUACUGAGUUUUAUCGCCUCUUGCCUGGAGUUAAAUGUAUUCCAAGACACAGUCUGUGGAUUUUUUGUUGGACAACAGUAAAGCAGCUCAAAACACCAUGACCACAAAGCCCUGCAGUGUUUUACACAUUCUUCAGCCUUCUUAGUCCCCAGGAGACCCUGGUUGGACGUUCUGCACCACACACUGCAAGCUCACUUUAACUUUUUUCCCUCACCAAUACUAUCCCUCCUUUAUUUAUUUUUGAAUUAUUUAUCUUUCUUCAAAACUUUAAACUCCAAGUGCUCUAUGAGUACUAUGAUCUUACGGAGCAGCAUACACUCUCCUAGAACUCCAGGUUAGCCAAUGUAAAAAUGUGUGAUAGUAACCAAAAUAUGUUAUCUACAUGUCUAGUCCAUGCCUACAUAUGAAAAAUUCAGGCAAUACUGACUGAAUAAAUUCCUUCUAUUGUCUCAGCUUAGGUUGUCCAGCAUCUAAUCAGCUUCUGUUCUUCCUCCUGCUGACAGCUAGUACUGAUCAUAUUGAUACUUUCCUUUACUGUCCUUAAAAACGUUUUUUCCUGCCUUGCAAUUAUUUAUUAAGUAUUAAAGGACCAAUAUGGGAUGUCUUUGGUACUACUGAAACUAAUGCUCAGAAUGAUAUCAACAGCAACUUGCAGCUUACUGCAUGGUACAGAAUUUUCUUUCUCUUUAGACAGAAUAUCUACCAACAAAACAUAAUGCUGAAGAAAUAACUACAAUUGAAGAAUGAUCUAACUUUCCAAAAACACACCUGAUUCCCCAACAUGAAAGAAAAUUAUGGAUCCUGAUGACAAGUACUUCAAACCAGCCUAUAACAGAAUAUAAUCACCUAUAAAAUUGUUUGUCUCCUUAAAAUCCACUUAAAAUGGAGCAGAUAAAAAAGGAGAAAAAUCGGUAACAUUUGUUGUUUCCCCCUUGUUCAAACCCACAAUGCCUGGUAACUAAGCUUUUCUGCAAGCACCUAUUUUAAAGACGUGCUUAAACCUUGCUAAGAGGUUCUUCACAAUGUGAGACAAGCCCUCUCAUCCAGAAUAAAGCUGUUACUUCUUGUCAUUACUAUGAAGUUUCGUUCCUGUAGUUAUAAUGAUGUCCUGUAGGCUGACAGGCUUCUUAUUACAGUAAUUUCACUGUAAUUUUUAUAUGCCCAGUUAUUUUACUGUCAUUUCUAUAUGCCCACAAACCAGCUAUUGAAAAUGUGUUUAAAUUUGCUCUUUGAUCAUCCAACCAGUAACACUAAACUAUCCCAAUAUAUGCAAUUAAACUUAUACAAGACAAAAAUGGAAAAUGAAAUCCUAAUUGUAAAUCAAAAUUAUUAGUAUUGGUCUGUCAAUCAGCCAUUUCAUGAGCUCAGUACCGCUACUGCAAAUAGACCUCUGCAACACUGUGAUCCUGUGCAGUUUUGGUAUGUACUUAAUUCACACAAAUAGCAUCUAAAGCCUUUUAAAAAAUCUAACAGUUCUGAGAAACAAAAUAAAAUUUAAGAGCUAGAUCUUAAAUGUAGAAUUUCCUCACAAAUGUAUUUUAGUUUCUCCCUUCAAAAGGUGCAAAUGCUAUUUCCAAUGCCUUUUAAAAAUAAUACAGGCUUUAGAUGCCAUAUUUUCUUUCACAAAUGCUGGACAUUUUCCUGUUCAUACUUUUCAAAAUGAAGGAAUUUCAGUGUUUCAAUAAGACAGAACAAAUGGGGUUUUUUUUAAAAGUCUCAUUUAUUGUUUUCCUCUUACAUCCCUAAACUGCAUCACACAUUGGAAAUUGCUGCUGCAUGACUAAGGGAAGCCAUAUAUUUAAAAAAAAAACCAAACCAAAAACCAACCCUGAACAUCACAAAUUAGUUCUUAUUGAAUGUACAGCACAGGGAAAUUGCAAUUCCAAUUAAACACCUACACUUGCAUUUAUUUCUUUUCCUAUUUCUAUUAGUUAAACCUUGUCCUGAAGGGGAGAUUGGGUGUAAAAGUCCUGCCCCUGUCAGGGGCUGCUAAAUGAACUACCAUGUUUGGUUUCUCAAAGCUUGAGCCAUACACUCACAGGGAGGUAUCCCAUCAUGAUCUCUACCCUUGCAAGGCACUGAUACAGAAACCUGAUUAAUGUGUUUAUAAAAACAAAAUCUGCUCCCCAGAAAACUGAUUGGCAGGGUUUACACCAAAUGACCUGCCUACACCACAGGGAGCUGCCACUGCCACACAGGAUGUAAGAACCACUCGCAGUAGGUAAAUUAAGUUUGCCAUUAGCCUGUGUACAAAGUAGCUGUGUAAUGUCCUUACAUUCACAUACAGAUGUUGAAAGCAGUGCUUGUGCAACAGUGAAAGGAAGAAGGUACACUCCAGAGGAAGGUAAUAACCAGCCAAAGCCAAGCAGCUAAUUUAAAUACUUAAUCUUGAACAGCAAUCUCAGAAGGCACAGAAGAACUCAAGACAGUUCAGUCAGCCUUCACUGAGUCACACAAUGGCACACUUCUCCUUUCUCAAGAUAUUGGGAGUUCUUAAAACAUGAAGAUUAACACCUUGUUUCCCUCUACUAUGUCUUUGCAGAUUACAAAGUACAAAAGAUCAUAUACAUAUGAAGAACAGCACAUAGGUAUUACAUUAUUUU